AUGGCGACCCAAGCAGCUGAAGUGCUCGUCGCAGCGGCAUCUUCCCGUGAGGAAGUCACGAAACCCGACGAUCUUUCUUUGGUAGCACUCAAUGUCCACUACUGCCUAAGGGACUUCCAAGCAGUGUGCAACAAGCUUUCAAGCGCCCAAUCAAGCAUAAAGGCCAAGCUCCCGCUAGCUACCCUGAAAGAUAUCUUUGGUGGAUUCAGGCUAUGGUCGUCGAAUGGUAUGAAGGCUGUCCUGAACGAGGUGUUGGAGAUAGUGACGGGCCAGCGACCAUCCUGGGAAGAUAUGUCUGAUUCGGAGUCAGAUACGGAGGAAGAUAGUGCCAAUGGCCUUCAAAAGCCGAAUACAACGGAGCUUGCCCAACUUGCAGCUGAACUGAAAGAGACGAAUGCCUGCCUCAUGCGGCUGUCAGUCGCCAUUCGAAAUCCAGCUCCGCAUGAUCAAUUCAAAGAAUCCGCGCACAUAGAUACGGCUUAUUACGAACCGUUCGACAUCGCUCAUGUCCGUGGAAAAUUUCCCAAGGCGCCAGAGUAUCUCACGGCCCGGCUAGGCAAAGCCAUCUCGCGUCGCCGACAAUACCUACGUUACCGCGAUGAUCACUCGAAGAAGUACAAGCAAGGCCUAACAAGAAGAGGCACGCUUCCAGACAUGGGAGCGCAUCGUGAAGUGGAGAGUACAGUAGCAUCUUCCUUGCCACCAGCUGUGAAGGCUAGCGUCAAUAUUGCCGAUCUUGAAGAGGAAGACGAAUACGAUGAAACGCAGUCUGUCACUUCUUAUGCAUCCUCCGGUCAUGAUCCGGAGAAGUUACGUCCACCGCCCUUGCCGAUGGAAGGCCGUGGCGGCGAGCCUUUCGUAUGCAAACUAUGCUUCCGCUACACUGCAGUUCGACAUGUCAAAGCCUGGCAGAAGCAUGUCUACCGAGACCUGCAACCAUAUGUGAGUUGCUCAUGA